AUGCCCAAUUUCUUAGAGAAGGUGUUGGAAGAGGUUGAAGCCCAGUCGAAAAGGGUGGCGGGGCUGGUGGAAGAAAUAUUCCGACCCACAACCUCCGCAUAUACUGUGGCCCGUAUCGUGGAUAAGCAAGGGCUCACAGAGUUUCUCAUAUGGUCGAGAAACACGUACGUGCAAUGCAAUGGUUUUGUACUGACGUACACGGGCUCAGCCAGGGUGAACCCAAGGGGUGGCCGGCCGGUAUCCAAGCAGGAGCUGCCUGGUGGGCCCCCGAAAGAUAGGGAUGUCUUUGACACAGGCCUCCCUGUGGGGCAUACAUAUCCUCGUGGUUUCCGAAAUUGGUCAAGAGGCAAGCGUACGGAUUAUGUUCUGACCAUCAAAGAAGGGCGGGCAUGGGUCCCGCACGUUGGGCAGCAGCGCCCGCCAUCACCCCGCGGCACGAGGACGUGGUCGGAUCGACAACCGCGUCGGGUGAGGUAG